AUGGCACGCCGGGUGUUCGCAAAGGUGCCAGGUACGCCUGGUAACCUGUCAUCCGAUGACCCUGCCCUCACGAAUCCGAUUCCGAAUACUUUACCGGUGAGACGCCGCUCUGCCCGGCUCUCACGCAGCCUAAAGGACGACGCUGUGCAGACAACACCCAACUCUGAACCGACGACUUUGAAACCAACUGGUCGCGCUACAAGGACUUCUUCAGUCAUGAUCGAGGUUGCGAUUCCUACCAAAAUGAAGGAGUCUAUCUCUCAGGCGUCGUCGCUUUCCCCGCCGUCUGUCGGCUCGACCUCACGAGAUGAGAGUGUCCAGGACGAUACUCCAGCCACAAGUGUGGCCGUCACUCCACCUGAAUCCGAUCACAGUCGCCGACAACCAAAAACGAGAAUAAGUGCGUCAGCUCGGGCUCAGCAGCUUCGUUCGAGCACUUUUGCACUUCCUUCAUCUACGUCAACCAAGCGGAAGAGAAGUGCCUCUCAAAUGGCCAAUGGUAAUAUCUCAACUGAAUCAUCCGAUGCCGCACUGGCUCGUGAGUUACAACUUGAAGAAUAUGGAGGAAUUGAAGCCAAGCGUCAACGGACGUUUACCGAACGAGACGACGACCAGACUAUCCAAGAUUCGGAAGACGAACUCUCGCCUUACUGGAAUGAGUCUUCUGAUCAUGGUCACGUACCUCGUGGGCCAAAACUACGACGUUCCUUACGUUCACGACCGAGCUCUCAGUUGAUUGAUGGCGACGAUAUUCCUAUGUUGGAUGCUGACUCGACUUUUGCCAAUAAGCUAGAGGACACAAGUGAUGAAGAGGAUUAUGUGUAUUCGUCUGACGACAAUGCCGCCUACGAGCCGACGACCCAGGACCUCCAAGACAACACGCGGGCGAGCACGAGCUACGAGAGCAAGAACGUGGCGAAGUGCGAGAGAACCUGCCCCGCCACUUCCUUAUCCAAUGGGACCACGGUGCUGACGAUAGAGCAGGCUGCAAGAGAGCGUAGAAAACUUGAGAAACAGCAUCCAUCGAUUAUCAGCAUGUGGAAAGACUUGGAAGAUACGCCGCCCAUCAUACCUGUGCAAGCAGCGCAGCCAACAGGCAUCAGCCGCACGCUUAAGUCUUUCCAGCUUGAAGGGCUUAAUUGGAUGAUGAGACAGGAACAGACUCAGUACAAGGGGGGUUUAUUGGGUGACGAGAUGGGAAUGGGCAAGACCAUUCAAGCUGUCUCGCUACUCAUGUCAGACUACCCUGUGGGAAAGCCGUCCCUAGUUGUUGUGCCUCCGGUGGCUUUGAUGCAGUGGCAGUCUGAAAUCAAGGAAUACACCGAUGGCAAGCUCAAAGUACUCGUUCACCAUAAUUCAAGUCCCAAAAUAAAGCAUCUAAAAAGAAAAGAUCUUUUAAGUUACGACGUUAUCAUGAUUUCAUAUUCGGGUUUGGAAUCGAUGUAUCGUAAGGAACAGAAGGGAUGGCAGCGAGAAGAUGGCCUUGUCAAAGAGAAUAGCGUGAUUCAUUCGAUAGAUUUCCACCGCUUGAUACUUGACGAAGCGCACAGCAUCAAGCAACGUACAACGAGUGUUGCCCGUGCGUGCUUUGCCUUGAAAUCUACUUACAAAUGGUGUCUAUCCGGAACUCCAGUCCAAAACCGUAUCGGAGAGUUCUUCUCCCUUCUUCGUUUCCUUGAAGUACGCCCAUUCGCUUGCUAUUUCUGCAAGAUGUGCAAGUGCCAGGAGCUUCACUGGUCUCAGGAUGCCGAGAAGAAAUGUACCCAUUGCAGACACAGUGGAUUUAGUCACGUUUCCGUCUUCAAUCAGGAGAUUCUUAAUCCAAUUACGGAGAGUAGCGGGCAAGCACGUAAGGAUGCGUUGCAAAAGCUCCGUCUCAUCACGGAUCGAAUCAUGCUUCGACGAAUCAAAAGAGAUCACACCGCAUCUAUGGAGCUUCCACCCAAGCGGAUCAUUAUACACAAUGAGUUCUUUGGUGAGAUUGAGCGCGAUUUCUCCAGCAGUAUCAUGACCAACUCUACCCGGCAGUUCGACACUUAUGUUAGCCGUGGUGUUAUGCUUAACAAUUACGCCAACAUCUUUGGAUUGAUCAUGCAGAUGAGGCAGGUGGCAAACCAUCCGGAUCUUAUUCUCAAGAAGCAUGCGGAAGGUGGGCAGAAUGUGCUAGUCUGCAACAUUUGCGACGAGCCUGCCGAAAGCCCCAUUCGAUCCCGCUGCCAUCACGAGUUUUGUCGACAGUGUGCGAAAGACUAUAUGCGGUCUUUCGAUGCGGACACCAUCGUUGAUUGUCCCAGAUGCCACAUACCUUUGUCAAUUGAUUUCGAGCAGCCUGAGAUAGAGCAAGAGGAAGACGUGGUCAAAAAGAAUUCGAUUAUUAACCGCAUCCGAAUGGAAGAUUGGACGUCGUCAACGAAGAUUGAGAUGCUCGUGUAUGAUUUAUACAAACUACGAAGCCAAAAGCAGACGCACAAGUCCAUCGUCUUUUCCCAGUUUACGUCCAUGCUACAAUUGGUGGAAUGGCGACUGCGCCGGGCAGGAUUCAACACAGUGAUGCUCGACGGCAGCAUGACUCCAGCACAGCGCCAGAACUCCAUUGAUCACUUUAUGAAGAAUGUCGACGUCGAAGUGUUUUUGGUUUCUCUCAAGGCUGGGGGAGUAGCCUUGAAUCUCACAGAGGCGUCUCGGGUUUUCAUCGUCGAUCCAUGGUGGAAUCCCGCAGCAGAAUGGCAGAGUGCCGAUAGAUGCCAUCGUAUUGGGCAACGGCGUCCGUGUGUGAUCACACGACUCUGUAUCGAGGACUCAGUCGAAUCUCGUAUGGUGCUUCUUCAGGAGAAAAAGGCCAACAUGAUCAACGGCACGAUCAAUAAAGACCAGGGAGAAGCACUCGAGAAGCUGACUCCCGAAGACAUGCAAUUCCUGUUCCGCGGAUCGUAA